UAUGGCAAGCAGGGACACCCCAGAUAAUACAGUGGAAGUGGUGUCCGAGUCAGCUGAGGAUGAUUUGAUGAGUCAGGCGACUUUGUUUGAUAACAUCAACUACAUGGGGCGUGCUGUCAUUGGAGCAUCAGUGAGUAACGUAGAAGCAAAUGCCAUCAUAGGCGAGUUACAUGAAUACAACACUGACAGCAAGGUAACUCUGGCAAUCCCUCAUGAUCCUGAGGGUUUUGUUCGGAUCCUAGAUGAAAAGAAGGAGGAUCUACACUCUGAUCCAGUAAAAGCGAUAUUGUACUGUACGAAAAGUGCCAAGCUGCCCAACUGCUUCGCUUUUACAAGUGGCAAAAAGGGUGGGGGAAUGUAUUAUUGUCAUGCCUUCAAGUGUAAGGACAAAGAAAUUUGUAUGAGGGUGCUGAAUUGUAUGGCUACAACAUUCAACAGAGGUCUUGAAAAGAACAGUAUCUCAGACACACUGCACUACGAGUUCGAUCUGUCCCUGGAGAUUCUGGAGGAGGAUGGUAGUGGCUCACCUGUUCCUGUCCCCCAAGAUAAGGAUACAUUUAAAAUGAGGGAACGUAAAAACCACCACAUAGUGGUGACAGUGACACAGUCCAACAGCUCAGCUCUGAUAUUGGAGCGGUGUUGUGGUGUGUUCCUAGCUCCUGGAGACAGCAAUGAUCCUGACAACUACAUGUUACUAGACAUGCCUCUUGAAAUGGAGAUGGGAAGUAGCUCCACAGGACCUCUGUACGUGAUUAAGGGGGUCUGGGAUCCUGUAUCUCAGCCUUGUCAUUGGCUCACUGGCGAAGGUACAAGAUCAGUGACACUAGCUAUAGAUGUAGUGGCAUCAGGUGUACUGGAUCCCAUCAGAUUCGAGCGUAAAACACAGUUCAAGAUUUACCCGGAAACGGAGAGGUUCUUCCUGGCUUCCAGAUAUCUCAGCCAGCAGAGCUACACUGUCAAACUAAAACUAAAUACAGAAGACAAGCACAGGAGAUUCAGUCUAGACAGUGUCACAGAGAAACCGAUGACGUCAUCGCCCGGACGUCUCAAGUCCCUGUUUGCUGGGUUUGGGGUCGGGGAUGAUUACUCGGAUGAUAUGACUGAAUCCGAAGACGAAGAACCAUUGAUAUCUGGAAGUGGGGAUGGUAUCGAGGAGGCGUCGGAGGAAACACUCAAAACAUGGAACACGCUGCUUGAUAGUUGGACUGAUUACUGUACUAGACCUCCAGAGCUGGUCAAACUUGCCAGAAAAGGCAUUCCAAACAGUCUACGUGCUACAGUGUGGAUGAGAUUAGGGGGACUCAAGGAGGCUGACAUAGAAGAAAACUACAAACAUUUGUACGACGAAAGCAGACUACACGAGUGUCCCCACGAACAGGUGAUUAUAUGGGAUUUGAACCGGACAUUUCCUGGAAACGAAUAUUUUAAAGAAGGAAAUGGCGGACAGCAGCAACUCUAUCGAGUGUGCAAGAGUUACGCUGGAUUUGAUCAGGAGGUUGGGUACUGUCAAGGCCUAUCGUUCAUAGUGGCAGUCUUGUUGCUUCAUCUGGAGGAAGAGAAGGCGUUUGCACUCUUUACGGUUAUCAUGCAGGAGUACCAGUUUAGAGAUAUGUUCAAGAAAGGAUUUCAGAUGCUGCAACUCAAGUUUUACAUUUUGGAGAGAAUAAUCGAAGAUCAAAUGCCAGAUCUCUGGGAACACUUCCAGGAGCAUGAGUUGAACACGCACAUGUACGCGAGUCAGUGGUUUCUCACCUUAUUCAGCGCUAAAUUCCCUUUAGCUCUGGUGUACCGAAUAGUUGACAUGUUCCUGACCGAAGGUCCCGACACACUAUUCAAAAUAGCCGUGUCUCUGCUAAAGUUGUCUAGAAAUGAGCUGAUAUCACAGGAUUUUGAAGAAAUGCUAAAGUAUUUCCGAGUGUCUCUCCCCAAGAGGUUUAUGAAUAAGAAACAAGGUCACAAGCUACUUUCAACCGCUGCUUCAGUAAAGAUUAAACCCGGCAAAGUGGCUGUGUGGGAGGCCCAGUUCCAUAAAAUCCAGGACGAGAAGCGGAGUCUAGAAGAUCCGGUCAGAAGAUUAGAACACGAUCUGAAAAAGUCCAUGGAGAACAACCACAGGCUGGAACAGGAGAACGACAUGUUGGUCCAGCACCUAACUCAGAACCAGGUCAACAUGAGACAUCAGCUGGACGAGCUGGAGAAGCGCAACCUGGACCUAAAAAGAGAUCUGACGAAGAUGACGUCAUCGUACCACCAACUUGAAGAUAACAACGCGGCCCUCUCCUCCGAGAUCCUGAGAACUAAGAACCUCUACCACUCAUCCCUUAUUGAGGGGGACGAUGAGAGAGCCAGACACCAGCUUACUAUUCAGGAAUACCACACCAUGUGUCGAUCAAUAGAGGAGAGACACGAGAAGGAGAAACAGGAGCUGAACCAGGAGGUUAUAGAGAUUAAAGCUCAGGUGGGAGGGAAAGCGAUAGACAUUCCAUCGGAACAGAGGCUCCGUGAAUUGGAGAUGGAGUUAGCUAAAACAAAACUCUGUCUGGUUGAAGCGAACUGUAAAGCUCAAGAAUACGAACACAACUGCUCGACGCUUCGCGAAAAAGUCAAGCACUACGAAACGGGGGUUAUACAUCAACUGACAGCAAAGCUGAAGAGGUGAUAAACUCCCACGUGUCGAGUGAUGUGACGUCACAUGUCGAGUGAUGUGACGUCACAUGUCGAGUGAUGUGACGCUACAUGUCGAGUUAUGUGACGUCACAUGUCGAGUGAUGUGACGUCACAUGUCGAGUGAUGUGACGUCAUGUGUCAAGUGAUGUGACGUCACGUUUGGUCAUCUUGAGCGCUUGUUGAACUUUAUUGGUUUACUUUUGCAACCAUAACAACAUUUUUAAUAGAGUUCAAAUCGACCUACGCUACGGUUUGGUUGAUGUGAAUAGUACUUUAUUUCCGAAAAAUAAGGAAAUUGUUGGAAAUUGGAAAUUUCUUGAGCCGGACUCAAGACACCAAUAUUUGAUAUCAGUAGAAAAGAGUGAUUUAGAUUUUUGGUUGAUAAUAUUUUGGAUUUUUGUAAUAAUUGUACAGUUAAUAAUAAAGUUUCCUCGACAACUCUAUUCUAAUGUUUAGCCAAGUUCUUAUUUUAGUUUCCAGUUGCUAAUUGGAUAUGCUUUUUCGUCAUCCCUGGACUAUUCAUUUGCAUUUGGUGAACAAAUUUAAACAUAAAUUAUAGAUAAUUCACAGGUAACUAUUGAUUGAUUAUUAGUUAUCACUCACAGAUAAAAAUUUCUUGGAAACAAUAUUAAUCAUAACAUACGCAUGUUGCAGUUUAUGAUUAAAAAAAUCGGUUGUCUUAGUUAUCGCCACUCAUAUUGUUUUGAAUUUCACUUACCCUUUGAAUAAUACAGCUUAACAGUAACUAACUUAACCAAUAACCAUGGUUGUACCUUUAAGAUUCAACUGGAAUUUUUAUUGUCAAAAUAUUUUGAGUUUAAAUGAUGAUAUUGUAUAAUUGUGAAUUUGUUUAUGUUUUACGGCACAUUAUUACCACAUA